CGAGAGUGGGGCUGAGGGGGGUCUCGGGGAGGAGAGAGCGGAGCGCUCGGGGCCCGAUCCAGCCGCCACAUCGGAGCCUCCUGAGGCCCGAGACAUUCGGUGGGGUGCCAAUACGAGUGUUCCUGCACAUCUGCAGAGUGCCUUUCUGACACGCUCUGUGAACGCCUGUAAAAGGGAAUGCUGCAUGAGGAAAAAAAUACGCUGGAUGUUUUUCCGGAAAAGUUUCAAUUCCACCUCACGACUGGGGCUGCUUCUCUAGAAGGAGGAAUCGAUUUUGCUGCCUUCCCACAAAGAGUUCCUUUUAUCAGCUCUGCAUGGUGACCCUCCUGGGGCAAGAACAGAUUUGGCUUGGUCUGGACAGCUGUAAUUCUCUCUAGGUGGGGCUGCCUUUGAACAUGACCUGGAAAUCUCAGCUUGUUCAGAGCGCCGCCCCUCGACUUCUCUCGUGCGUGGAUUUUGAACCAGUUGAAUUUCGCUCGUUUCAGACUUUGAAGCCCUAAACCAUUUGAUGCUAUUUUCUCUCCCACCCUGUGAUCCUGAAAUCUGUCGUGGGCUUUCUCCUCCAUGCCCUCGCGUUGCUUCCACUUGCCAGUGUGGAAGGACUCCAAAAAUCGCAUGCCAGGAAGGCUUGGAGGUGGCGAGACGACGCCUGCAGGCAUUUUCGGCGAGAUGGAAGAAGGAGACAACGCUCAUUUGGAAGAAAACAGCCAGUCGGAGAAGGAGGGGCUUUCCUCGGAUCGUGACGGCUCCGUGGAAGGGGACUCCUCCGGCUCGCCUUGUAGCGAGAAGGUCGAGCCCACGGAGAACCUGGACAGCCCGGAGGAGCCCGAGAAGCCGCAGGAGCUCAAAGCAUGGAACGGUCCAGGCGAACUGGAGCUGAUGGCGUCCGAGGGCGAGAGCAAGGUGCGUGCCCGGCACAGCCUGUCCGAGGGGUUAUCCUGGGGCCCGUACCAGGGGAACAUCCACAGCGAGCCGGCCUCUCCGGGACACGCGGAGCCGCCAAACCCGCCGGUGACCCUGGUGCUGGAGGACGAGCAGGGCUGGCUGUCGAAGCUGCCGCUGGUGUGUGCGGAAGGGGAGGCCAAUUCGGUGAUCUACAAGAAAGAUGAUUCAAUCUUUUGCAAAACCACCAAGCCCAUCCCUGAAGGAGAGCCGCUGAGCGCGUUCGUCAUGGCGGAGCCGAUGGGGAUCCCCAACCACGCGGUGAAGACGGAGGCCGGGGGCGCUGCUUACCCAGCCGUUCUGCCCCCCGAAAUCCAGCUCCUGCCGCAGCAGGCAGGGAUGGCGGCCAUCUUGGCCACGGCUGUUGUAAACAAGGACGUGUUCCCCUGCAAGGACUGCGGCAUCUGGUACCGGAGCGAGCGCAACCUGCAGGCGCACCUGAUGUACUACUGCGCCAGCCGCCAGAGCGCCGCUUCGCCCACGGUGGACGACAAGCCCAAGGACGUGUACCCCAACGAGCGCGUCUGCCCCUUCCCGCAGUGCAAGAAGAGCUGCCCCAGCGCCAGCUCCCUGGAGAUCCACAUGCGCAGUCACAGCGGGGAGCGGCCGUUCGUCUGCCUCAUCUGCCUCUCCGCCUUCACCACAAAAGCCAACUGCGAGCGCCACCUGAAGGUCCACACGGACACGCUCAGCGGUGUCUGCCACAGCUGCGGCUUCAUCUCCACCACCAGGGACAUCCUCUACAGCCACCUGGUCACCAACCACAUGAUCUGCCAGCCCGGGUCCAAGGGCGAGGUCUACUCUCCAGCGGGGCCAGUGCCCCCCACGGCCUCCAAGCCAGGAUUAAGCACGCCCGGCCCAGCCCCGGGGCUCAAGUGCAGCUUCUGUGGCCACGUGGCUGACGGCUUGCCGGCCCUCCAGCAGCACGUGCUCCUGCACAGCGCCGCCGCCGCUCUCCUGCCGGGCACGGAGCCCAAAGCGGCCCACGGCCCGCCGGACGCACCGCCCAGGCCGACGGCGCAGGGGGGCAGGGGGCUCCCCACGGAGGAAGCGGCCAACGGCUCCCCUCCCCCCGAAGGCCGUCCUCCCCCCCCGUCGGCCGACGGGGCGCCCCCCGUGCGGAUCAAGGAGGAGCCCGUCGACGAGGGGGAAGCGGCCAGGGGCGCCCCCACGGCCGGCCCCGAGCCGGAGCCGGAGGCCUCCUCAGGGUCGUCCUCCCCCCACAGCCUGCCCUCCGUGAAGGUGAAGUCCGAGAUCGCCAGCCCCACGCCCGGCUCCAGCCCGGUGCCCAGCGAGACGGGCUCCGGCGCGCCCGGCGGCACCGUCUUCCUGCCUCAGUACGUGUUCGGCCACGAGGCCGCGGUGGUGCCGCAGGCCUCCGAGAUCCUGGCCAAGAUGUCGGAGCUGGUGCACAGCCGGCUGAAGCAGGGCCAGGGCGGGCUGCCCCCCGCCCUCUUCCCCGGCCCCCCGGUGCCCAAGGGCGCCACCUGCUUCGAGUGCGAGAUCACCUUCAACAACAUCAACAACUACUACGUCCACAAGCGGAUGUACUGCUCCAGCCGCCGCCUGGCCGAGGAGAGCCCGCCCGGCCCGCGCCGGCCCAAGGCCACCCCCUCCGCCGCGCCCAAGGGCCCCGCGGCCCCCGGGCUGCUCCCGGCGGCCCCGGGCGAGGGCAAGGAGGGCCCGGACCCCGAGGCCGGUGGGGCGCCCUCCCCGCCGGCCCCCGAGGCCAAGCCGGAGGCCAAGCCCGAGGAGGGCGCCGCCAAGGCCAGCCCCCCGCCCCCCGUGGCCGACGGCGCGGGCCGCGGCAGCGAGGACAGCCGCAGCCCCGGGGGCAGCUCCGCGGAGGACCCGGACGACGACCCCAGCCGCACCGUCUGCGAGGCCUGCAGCAUCCGCUUCAGCCGCCACGAGACGUUCACGGUGCACAAGCGCUACUACUGCGCCUCGCGGCACGACCCGCCCCUGCGCCGGGGCGGCCCCGGGGCCGGCCGGGCGCCCUUCCUGCCCCAGCCCGUGCGCACCCGCAAGCGGCGCAAGCUCUACGAGAUCCACGGCGCCCCGGAGGCCGCGCGCGCCGAGGGGCCGCCCGGGGCGCCGGCGCUCCUGCCCGUGGGCAAGGCGGCCCCCUCGCCCGGCUCGAGCCCCGACGCGGACGGCCCCAUCGACCUGAGCAAGAAGCCCCGGCCCCCGGGCGCGGGGGGCGCGCUGCCGGCCUCGCUGCUGCCGCUGGCGGACUACCACGAGUGCACGGCCUGCCGCAUCAGCUUCCACGGCCUGGACAGCUACCUGGUGCACAAGAAGUACUACUGCCCCACCGCCCCGCUGCAGGCCGGCGCCCUGGAGCAGCUGCGGAAGCUGAAGGGGGCCGUGCCCGUGCCCGUGCCGCUGAAGCCGCGGGGCAGCCCCGAGGGGCCGGCAGAGGAGCCGGGGCCGGUGCCGGGGCUGCUCCACGCGGAGAAGGCGGCGCCCGCCACGGCCCCCUCCGCCACCGCCUUCCCCGGGGCAGAGCCCGGCCAGCCACACUACGGGGACGCCAAAGCCCCGCUCCUCGCGGGGGCCAAGGGGGCCCUCGGCGUGUGCCCCUACUGCCCGCUGAACGGCGCCAUCAAGGGGGACCUGGCGGAUCACCUCCGCAACGCCCACGGCCUCUUCGUCGCCAAAGCGGGGGCGGGCCCCGCCCCGAUCGAGCCCCCCCGGACGCUGGCGGAGAGCCCCCUGCUCCCGCCGCUGCCCGCCGCCUCCCCGCCGCGGCCCCUCCCCCGGCUGCGCAAGGACAGCUCCGGCGGAAAGGACCUCCCCGCCCCGCCGGUCUCGAACGGCAGCCCGCACCCCACCGCCUCCCCGCAGCCCCUGCUGCCCGUCUCCCCGCCCGCCCCCUUGCCCCCCUCCCCGCGGCCCGAGGCGGCCCCCGGCGCCCCCCCCGGGCACACGGACAAGAGCGCGCAGACUCCCCCGGGCAAGGGGCCCCCCGCCCCGCUCGCCAACGGCAGCCACCGCUACUGCCGCCUCUGCAACAUCCAGUUCAGCAGCCUCUCCACCUUCAUCGCCCACAAGAAGUACUACUGCUCCUCCCACGCCGCCGAGCACGUGAAGUAGGCGCCGCCGAGCAGCCGUGGCCGCGCUCGUCCCCCGCCCGCCUCGCGGGGGCGCCGCUGGGGGACCGCCCGGAGGACCUCGCCCCCCGCCGGCCCGCCCGGGGGCGAACGCGGGCCCCGCUCCGCCUCGCCGGGGUUCGCGGAGGCAGCCUGCUCCUGGUGGCCGGCCUGGGGGUCCGCUCACCCGGGAGCCGAGCGAAGGACGCUUCGAGCGGGGCAGCCUCCGGGCCGCCUGGCCCCUCCGUUGCUGCUGGUCAGAGCCUGGUCCCUCCGUUGCUGCUGGUCAGAGCCUGGCGCCUCUGCAUUUCUACUGUUCCCCUCAGCCCUCUGUUUCCUGCAGGCCUGGCCUUCCCUUCCCUUCCCUCCCUUAUUUAAGAAGGUCAGAGGCCGCUGCUGCCUCUCUCCCCUCUUUUCAGUUCCCACGUUCCUCCCUCCUAAGUUCUGCUGCCUUUCCCCAGCCAAAUGCUGCUGCUUUCAACGGCAAGAUCUCCCCUUUGAAGGAGACAUUUUGCGAAGCACACGACACUUCUGCGUCUUGGAGUCCCUUCCGAGGACCUCGUUUGCAGUCACUCCUUUCUGGCAUCCGCCGCUGCUCUUGCUUCUGCCCCCAGGGACGCUCCCCCUUGCCCAGCCUCUGCAAGGACUGCCGACGGCAGUGUCGCCUCGACACGAGUGGCCCCCAAACUUUCUGGGCUGCCGCCCCUUUCCUCGGGGCAGCGGCCCUACUGCCCCCACACCCCGCUCCUCGCAUCAGGGCCUUCUGCUCUGUUGCAGAUUGAAAAAACCCAUCGCAGCCCCGCCCCGAUCUUCCCACCUCCCCCUUUGGGAAUCCCCGCUCCCAACCAUCCUUGCUGGUGAGGGAUUCCCCAGCUACGGGGAAGCGCCGCCCCGCGUGUGCACAGAGCUUUCUUGGUGCGCCGUGUGGUCAGAAAGGAGCUCGGGUUCAGCGCAGCAGGGCAACCCCCCUCCCUGCCAUCCGCUCACUGGGAAUGUCGCUUUUCCGUGGGACAGACUCCGCAGGGAGCCGGAAGGUGCAAAGUCCAAGGAUCCAGCUCGGCCUUGCUUACAUCCCCCUGCACAGGCCGGCGAGGUGUGGGGCAGGCCCCGGUGGCUUUUGGGCCAGGCGGAAAGCCCUUGUCCGCGCACAGACCCCCAUGUCCAGUCCCGGUCAGGAGAGGGGCCUCUGUUGGCAGGGGACCCCGAAGCUCGAGGGAAUCCUUGGGCAUCCUUCGAAAGGCUGGGGGGCUGUCCGUCCCUUUCGGGGGAGGGACCAGCUAGGCAGCCUGGCUCGCCUGAGGGGGCCCUCGCUGGGGAAGCUCUGCUCGGGGUGCGUCUCUCCCCCUCCCCCAAACUGCUGUCCGGUGGGUUUAUGUAGAAUCUUUGUGGACUGGAACUGAGAUGCAAGCAAGACGGCACUGAAGAAGGAGAGGGCGGCUCUCCGCACGGGAAGCGUGUGUAUACGUGUACAGAAAUAAACGUCUACUGAACCUCG